UCGACAUGAUGUUUCACAGCAUGACGUAACGUUACACACAACUAAGUGGGGGAAGCCCCCCGUCAGCGCCGUUGGUGGUGUGUCCCACCAACCGUACCCCUGUGUAGAAUCAAGCGAGGAUGGCAUGGGUGGCCGCGGAAGAGCAUCCAGAAGGAUAUGGGAUUGGAAGGAAACGGGAGAAUGCAGGUCUUGCACCAAGGAACGAGCUGUAAACAUAACUUCAUGGUCUUACCAAGCUUUCCCAUCCUUGUUUUCCCCUGUCAGUUCUAUACCGUGGCUUGUUGUCUGUUUGUUUUGCAGAUUCCUCUGAAGGAAUUCUUUCCUGGAGGUUGGUGGGAUGAGAUCAGUGGCAAGCACAUAUGGCUAAAGGACCACGCGUGGCCCAGCAAACCGGCGCAGGCGCUGGUCGCCACCAUGAAACCUGAAAUCCUGGAAGCAAUGAAAACGAUGGUUGAGACCAGGCGGUUUCCUAAUUUUUUUAGCAUGAUAGGGUUCAGUGAUCUCGCCAAUCUCGCCUCCGCCUGGGAUGGGGGUAGGGAAGCGUUCGAUGCGAAGCUCAUAGGAUUAGCUACGGAACUCGAGGGAAGGAAGGUAGAUUAUGGACAAGAAUGUCUUGAACAACCCGCUAGAAACGCAAGGGUCGAACAAUUAUUCCUUAAAAUCUGGGGCUUGGACCAUUCGCACCUCCAGGUGCAGGCGCCUGAAAACACUCAGACAGACUAUGCUAUCGUUGACGCGAUGGGCAUGGAGGACGAUGAAAUGGCGGAGAUGAAAGCCACCAUCGCCGCCAUCACUAUCGAUGCGAUCAGCAGCCCGCCUGCAGCUACCGCGUCCCAAGGGGGGCAAUACACAUCCUUCGCGCCUCUCCCCUCUCCGCAACGGGUAGAGCACAUGGGUCUCGGCUUUAGUCAAGCACUCUGGAAGCUCGACACGUUCAAUUAUCUCGCCCCAUUCUCCCUCAACGCCCUUGUCUUCCUUAGCAGACUAACGAUGGAGGAAGUCGCUAGAUGCAAAGCGAACGCGAUGACCGGUGACUUACCUUACUGCCCACCCGGGAAGAAGUCGUUCAAACCAACCCUCUUGAAGUACCCUAUCCUCUCCCUGCUUGACCCAUCGAAAUGCGAUUGCACGCACCCGACCAUGUGGCAAAAAAAGAUCAGAUCCGCCCCGGAAUUCGACUUGAAGGGGUUGAGGAAAUGCUGGAAUGUCGGGCGGCCAUAUCUCAGGUGCCAAUGCGUUUCUGAGCGUAAGAGGGACUGUGGGAAUGGUCCCAUCUGGGUAGACCAUGCGAUAUGGUACCUUCUCGCACACCCAGAUGUGUUAUUCCCUAACGUAGCCUCCGUAAAGAUGAAAACCUCCAUGUUCAUCCACUUCCUGAGAGUAUCAUGGAAAGAGGCGAUCGGGGCAUGUGUCACUUUCAUGUUCGUCAGAGAGACCAUGACGGAAGUCAUCACAGCGCUUGAGCGGGACCCAUCCCUCACAGCGGAAAUUGUGAUCGACAGAUCCAAGUGGAAGUACAACACUCCGCUGAUCAUUGGCAGAAUCCUCUUGCCCACCAGGAUCACAGGCAAUCCCCGAGAGGAGCUCUUUGAGCAAGAAGAUGGAGGUUGCAUGACGCGAUUACCCUCAGGAAGACUUACGUGGAGGAGGAAGAAGCUGGACAGGAAGGAAUUCAUACAUGUUAGAUACACGAGCAGAUUGAUGGAAGCUGUAUCACUAAGAGGACUAGUCUUGGAGGGAGUGAAACAGGUGGUAGGCGAAAGAUCGGGAGGAUGGCUAGACGAGGUAACCAUCGGAUGGAAGUAUGAUGAACCUCUGGGCGCGAAGCUGUGCAAACCUUGCAAGGUAUUCGGGAAAUUCAAAAUGGCAGAAUGGGAAGCGAAGUAUGACCCUGAAUACUGCAGAUGCGGAGCUGGGAGGCACGUCGACUUCCUAUGCCCUGCCUCUAUGAGGAUGCUGCCUGCAGGGAGGAGUAUGCACAUCAUCACAAACGACACAGGGAUCACAAAUAACGGACAACUACAGCUAAUGCUCAACGCUGGUCUGAACCAUAUUCCGAUGAGGGCACUGGACGAGGACUUCGCCAUGGCAGAAAUCGAGGAGGCCUUAGAUUGCAUUCUCGCCACGAGCACCUACGACGUUGAGCUGUCCAUGGAGGAGGAGAAACAGGUGAAGAAGUUCGUAAUGAGCAAGGCGAAAUCCAGCAUUCCGCAGUACCACUCGCAGCACAGGCACAUCACGGAAGAACCAAUCAACAACAUCCCUGUUCGUGCGGAGAUCGACUGGCUAACCGAGAGAUACCUCGUCUGCCCUACGGAUAAAGCACCACAUACGCCAACAUUCGUCUGCGUCAAUUUCAUCAGAAGCCUGGCGUUAGAGCGGCUCUCGGGACCAGACUUCAUCGCCCUACAGCAGCCGCCGUCAGCCAUCGAGCAGAGACUUGCCGAAGAAGCCAGCGCCAUCGCACCUUUCAGACAGACAGACGAGAAGCCGCCGCUGCCACAUCUCAUGGUUGUUUACAAAGCGCACAAGGAAUCCUUAAGAUGGAUUACCAAUACUGCUGGCAGCGUCCUAUCAGCAGUCGCGGACGAAUGUACCUGCUUGCUGAAACUUUUAGCAGAAGACGUACAGGCAUUAUGCGCUGGGAAGACCGAGGCGAUCGGGACGGAGCAGGGGGCCAGUCCGACUUUCUGGUGGCCUAUCACAUCCAUUGGAGAAUUUGUGGUUAAUCUCCCACGACAUGUCAGCUCGAUCUUCACCGCUGACAUCACCCGAUGCUUCGAGAGGAUCCCUACGGAUAACUCCGAGGAUGGUCUAAUUGCUGCGAUCAGAUUCUUCGUCGGUUGUGCUAUGGAAUGGAGAAGAGCCAGGACAGCCUGGGACGUGGUAGCAAUCAUGGUGUCCGCCAAUGGCACACUUCACCCUCGCUGGGUAGACGGGCAACAAGACAAGGACUACAACAAGCUCUACUUCGACGAGGCUUAGAUCAUCGACGCGUGUGAAUGGCUGGUGACCAAUGCAGCUGUGCAGAUGGGGGAUAGGGUCUGGAGGCAGAUCCUUGGGAUUCCUAUGGGAUUAGCGUGCUCACCCGUCCUCUGCGAUAUUUACUUUUUUAAGUACGAAUUCCAACUAAUCUCGCACCUGGUCGAAAACCAGGAAUGGUAGGUGCUCAGAUGCUUCGAGGAAACCUACAGAUAUAUCGAUGACCUCUGCUCUCUAAACAGUACAGUCAUCGCUGGCUUCCUCAAAGACGGAGUACUUGGCCAACACCCCACUUGAAAGAUCUACCCUCAUGAGUUCAUUGAAAUAAAAGAAACCAUUGUAG